AUGGCGGCCACAGAGUACGCCCGCGUCGACGCCAGCAUCUCCACCUUCACACUGGUGCACAACUUCCUGGCGCUGAUCACCAUCGGGCUGCUGGGGUCAGAGGAGCAGAAGAACGCCUACCUGGCAGAUAUGGCUAGCUACAAGCAGGUGGGCUGCUGGGCGCUGACGGAGCCGUCCAACGGCAGCGACGCGUCGGCCCUGACCUGCACGGCCACCAAGGUGCCUGGCGGCUGGCAGCUGGACGGGCAGAAGCGCUGGAUCGGCAACGGCACGUGGGCGGACGUCGUCGUCGUGUGGGCCCGCAACAGCGAGACAGGGCAGGUCAACUGCUUCAUUGUCAAGAAGGGCACCCCGGGGUUCAAGGCCACCAAGAUCGAGAACAAGAUCGCGCUGCGCUGCGUGCAGAACGCCGACAUGGUGUUUGACCGCUGCUUCGUGCCGGACUCGCAGCGCCUGCCAGGUGUGACUGGCUUCAAGGACACCAACAAGGUCCUGGCCCUCAGCCGCAUCAUGGUCGGCUGGAUGCCCGUCGGCAUGGCCAUGGGCGCGUACGACAUGGCGGCGCGGUACGUGCGGGAGCGCGAGCAGUUUGGCACGCCCCUGGCGUCGUUCCAGCUGGUGCAGGAGCGCCUGGCACGCAUGCUGGGCAACAUUCAGGGCAUGUGGAUGAUGUCAUGGCGCAUCACGCGGCUGUCGGAGGAGGGGCGGCUGACGCACGAGCAGGCCAGCCUGGCCAAGGCGUGGAACACUCUGCGCGGCCGCGAGUGCGUGGCGCUGGCGCGAGAGCUGCUGGGGGGCAACGGCGUGCAGGCAGACUUUUUGGUGGCCAAGCACUUCUGCGACAUGGAGGCCAUCUACACUUACGAGGGCACCUACGACGUCAAUGUGCUGGUGGCCGGCCGCGGCGCCACCGGCAUUGCGGCCUUCAAGGCGCCCAAGGCCCGCAGGGCGGCCCCGGACGUGCAGGCGUGA